UCCUCUGCUGAGAAAACGGGGCAGAGGCGCGCGUUGGCCAGAGAAGGGACCAGCCGAGCUCCUCCCUAGCCCUUCCUCUGCGCCUCGGUCCGAGUCCAUGGCUCCCGACUCCCGCCACUCCGCCUCUCCCGCUAAGUGCGGAGGGAGAGCCCGGGAUGCGAGCGAGCGCGGGGUCCCGGGCUGCGCGGUGCCGGUGCCGAGCACAUUGCUCCUGCUGCUCACCUACCUGACUUACCUGGUCCUGGGCACCUGCGUGUUUUGGUUGCUGGAGAGCCCCGCGGCGCACGAUUCCAGCAAGAGAUUCCAGCGCGACAAGUGGGCGCUGCUGCGGAACUUCACGUGUCUGGACGGCCCGGCGCUGGAUUCGCUGAUCCGGGGCAUCAUUGAGGCAUACAAAAAUGGGGACAUCGUCCUUGGCAACACCACCAGCAUGGGACGCUGGGAGUUCGUGGGCUCCUUCUUCUUCUCCGUGUCCACCAUCACCACCAUCGGCUACGGGAACCUGAGCCCCCGCACGAUGGCCGCCCGGCUCUUCUGCAUCUUCUUUGCUCUCGUGGGGAUCCCGCUCAACCUCAUGGUGCUCAACCGCCUGGGGCACUGCCUGCAGCAGGGGGUACACCGCUGUGCUCACAGGCUGGGGGGCGCCUGGAAGGACCCGGCCAAGGCCCGGUGGCUGGCGGGCUCCAGCGCCCUCCUGUCGGGCCUCCUGCUUUUCCUGCUGUUGCCCCCGCUGCUCUUCAACCACAUGGAAGGCUGGACCUACGUGGAGGGCUUCUACUUCUCCUUCAUCACCCUCAGCACCGUGGGCUUCGGUGACUACGUGAUUGGAAUGAACCCCUCCCGGAAUUACCCUCUGUGGUACCAGAACACAGUGUCACUCUGGAUCCUCUUUGGGAUGGCAUGGCUCGCUUUGAUCAUCAAACUGAUCCUCUCCAUACUGGAGGCUCCACGAGAAUCAUACUCCUGCUAUCCUCAGAGUUCCAAGGGGAACUUCAAGCCCCGAAGCUGGAGGCAGGCCCUGGAUGAGGAGGCAGGACCCCACUCCCCACAGCCAAGCUGCUCUCCAGAGGGACAGCACCCAGAACCUUCUACUCAAGUCUCAUGCUGCGGAAAGGACAGCUAGCUAUAUUCCAGCAUUUGUUCCACUUUCUUCUUCAGCAAGAAGAUUAUUGAUUUUAAGCUCAGCAUAAGACCACCCAGACUAAAGUUUACAGUUUUUGGUCUUCCCUUGAAGCUAGGUGCAGCUAUAUGAUUAAAUUUUAUCCAGUGGGAUAUACAGAGAGGUGGCUCAGACGGUAAAGUGUCUGUCUACAAUGCGGGAGCCCCAGGUUCGAUCCCUGGGUUGGGAAGAUGCCUUGGAGAAGGAAAUGGCAAUCCACUCCAGCACUAUUGCCUGGAAAAUCCCAUGGACUGAGGAACCUGGUAGGCUACAGUCCAUGGGGUUGCAAAGAGUCGGACACGACUGAGCGACUUCACAUUCAUGUCCAUGUCCACGUUCAAUCUGUGUGACUUACGGAUGUGACUUACAGUGUGCAGAGGGCGCUCCUCUUUACCACUCCCUUCUAGCUGGCUGCGGUGGUGGCUGGAGCUCUGUUGCACCAUGAGUUGGAGGCCAUGUUUGAGAUUGGUGACACAGUGAAAUAGAAGGAGCCUGGAUUCUUGACGUUUACAGAGCCACCAUAACAAACCUGGACUGAAUCCCACCAGGCUUCAUUUAUAUAAGACAGAAAUAAAAAUUGAGAUUUUUUAAAA